AUGGAAGCUCUGUUCACACAAGCACGAUCAGGUGGCACCUCUCAUUCUCUCAAUGUUGCUAAUCCUGAAGAUGAUGGUGGAGUGAUUGCAACUCCAGAUAUGACUGGGUUGCAAGUAACCUCAGAUUACUUGGAGGGAUUGAAGUGUUGCCUCAUCCAGCUUGUGAAACGCAUGUCUGGUGCUAUUGUGGAAUCACACAACAGACCAAUCGGCCAUCUCGCUAUUUCAGCUGACUUAAAAGCACUGCUGCUUCAACAAGGCAAGGCUGUAGCCUCCUACCGCCUAGGCACUGUGAUAUUUUCCCGUCUAGACGCCUCGAUUACUUACCUGGUUGUCGCAUUGGGUACUGACUGGGCAAAUUCCACUCUAGGCGAAACGUUCAAUAAGGCGAAUAAGACUCUGGUCAGUAACCCUGUCGCCAUGUUGAGAGGACUCGAUCAACCCCUGUUUACGUCUUUCAGUUGCUCCUUGGGUCAGAUGUCUGACCGUACUCUGGGUACUUCUCUGCUGUCACCACGAAGUGUCUACCUCACACUGAAGGGGAGACAAGAGCAACGAAGGAAGAGAAAUGAGUGUGUUGAUGAGUGGGUGGGCGGAGAGAGUGACACUCCGGUCUUCAGCCACUUAAUUGCCUACCUGUCCACAGUCCUCUCUCUGACCCUCAAUUUUCUUCCGUCUUGUCUCUUCUGCGCCUGCUUUACCUAUCCUACCUUUCUUUACUACACAAACAAAGCUGCAUGGGCAAAAUGUGGGUGCAUAUCAGUUUACAACGCCACCACAUCAUUCACCCACCUGCAUCAUAUGGUGACGUGCGAGCUAGUAGCCACCGAGAGAAGUGAUAACCGCUCAGCAAUCGUCCGGUCCAUUGCCUGGCAUGACGGUGGCGGUGAAACCAAGGCGGCACCACCUCCACCACCACCGUCGUGCCAGCAAUGUGAUCAACCAGGCAACCAGCCAAGUCAGCAAAAGAACCACGACAACCUGCAAAUCACAUAG